GAAGGGAGAAAUCAUAGGCAGAAGAGUAGAAUGGGAAGAUCUCCUUGCUGUGAUGAGAAUGGCCUAAAAAAGGGUCCUUGGACACCUGAAGAAGACAAGAAGCUGGUCGAACACAUCACAAAACAUGGCCAUGGAAGCUGGAGAGCUCUUCCUAAGCUUGCAGGCCUGAAUAGAUGUGGGAAGAGUUGCAGGCUAAGAUGGACAAAUUACCUAAGACCUGACAUAAAGAGAGGGAAAUUCUCCAAAGAAGAAGAAGAGACCAUUCUCAACCUUCAUUCCAUCCUCGGAAACAAAUGGUCAGCGAUCGCUACCCACCUCCCAGGACGGACAGACAAUGAAAUCAAGAACUUCUGGAACACCCAUCUCAAGAAGAAGUUGAUCCAGAUGGGUUAUGACCCGAUGACCCACCGCCCGCGUACCGACCUCUUUGCCAGUCUACCUCAGCUGAUUGCUCUGGCCAAUAUGAGAGAGAUGAUGGAUCAGCAUCACCAUCCAUGGGAAGAACAGACAGUGAUGAUGCAAGAAGCUGUCCAGUUAGCUAAGUACCAGUACAUGCAAUACCUUCUCGAAUCUGCAGCCACAAUGGCCGGAACUCCCAAUAGUCUAAGCAGCAUUUCGGAUAUGGAAGCCAUCAAUCUAUUAAAUGCAAUCCCAUUGACGAAAGAUACCGUGCUGCCCAACCAUUGCCAGUUAGAAAAUGGCGCCCAGUCUUCACUCGGCAUUGCACCAUCGCCACUUUUAAAUGAUCAGAUGCACUUCAGUCAUCAAUCAGACCUUCAAUUUCCAUGCAAUUUACAGCCACCUAUGAACAAUGAAAUCAGUCAAGAUUCGAGCUACAGUGUGUUUGGCCAUGGAGAUAGCACACCUAAAUCGCCGCUGCCACCUUCCCUUCCUCAACUUCUCACAGAGAAUUCAAUCAGCAAUGGUGGUGGUGAUGCUUGUCUCAGUUCCGGCUAUGGAGGAGCUGCUACUCCUUUUUGGAAUGAGCUCUUUCUUGAAGAUCCUUUUCUUCAUGAGAUUGCUUAAUUCAAGAAAGAUGUAGGUUUCUUGGAAUUGCACCAUUUUAAUGUAUUAUAUACGUGUGUCCUUGAUAAGUGUGCAAUCCAUCAGCUGUUCUAGUUGCACUUGCCUUUUUUUCAAUGCAUACAUUGUGUUUGACUCACGACCCUCCAUCACGUGUCAAUGUGUGGGGCCCUCAUGUCGGGAGGAUGCUAUUGUAUGGACAAGAUUUAAAAGAAAAAAAAUAAUAAUAAUAAAAAAAUCGUGGUUAUUGGA